CCCACCCCUGCCUCUCUUCUGCCCGACUCCCUCAGGAUAUUUUUAGCGCUGAUGAUGUGCCCUGUCAAAUCACGUAACGGAAACAACCUCAGAGCUAAAGAAGCAGAGCCGCUGAGGAGAGCCCGCUCUGCUCCGUUUUUAUUGUGAUCUGCAGGGGAAAGCCGCGAAGGAGAUGACAUCUGAAAUAAAUUUGGCGUUUUGUGUGUUGGUGGUGCUUACCGGCUCUUUGCAGACAAGAGGUCAGAGCAGUGCUUUUCCUCCUGUCCUCACCCUGGCUGCCCUCCCGAAUCAUGCUGGAAGCUCAGCAUCUCCUGACUUGACAGAGGAUCCUGGGAAUGAGGUCUCGCAGCAGACACAUAAUCCCGCAGGCGGGGAUGAAACCUCAACCCAAACCACCACCAUUACCAAGACAGAAGGGACGGUCCUUUCAGCGACUGCGACAACAAAUGCAGUCUAUACAACACACUUGUUGACCGCAAGCUCUGCAGUGGCUACAUUUGAACACACAAAUGAACCUGUCGUCAUGACUUCACCUUCAGCCCCACUUUCAGCUGCCACAGAUAGCCUUUCUUCUGCGCCGACUGUACAGAGCACCACACCUCCGCAGCACAUCGCAACCACAGAUGGCAGAGCCAUUCUGACCACGGAUCCCCUCACAACCUUUUCAUCUCAGUCAGCCCACACAGUGCAGGAUACAAGCACCACAGCCCACGCCUCCACCAUCCAGCCACAGUCUGAAUCACUAACCACAGCCACCGCACAGCCGACAACCACAGGACGCCCUUUGACCUCAGCUCCACGCCGGGAUCCUGCUGGGCCAACGCACCGGGAGGUCCCAUCUGAGCUUAAUAUUGGAGAUGACGAACUCAAGGGGCCCCGCUACCGCUUAAGCUCCCCUUUAGACCCCCUGCUGGCUGGUCUGCUGUCAGUGUUCAUCGUCACCACUGCUAUCGUCUUCGUCAUCCUCUUCCUCAAGUUCCGCCAGCGAACAAAUCACCCAGAGUUCCAUCGGCUGCAGGAUCUACCCAUGGAUGAUUUGAUGGAGGACACGCCACUCUCCAGAUACACCUACUAACGGAAGCAUCCUGUCACCCCCUUCCACUACUUAGAGAACAGAAGCCAAGCAGACACCAAAGGAAGACCAGUGUGGAUCUGAAGAAAAGCCUUUGCCUGGAUGCACCUGCAUCUCUGCAGACGAGUUUUGGGUCAGUGAUCAUAAAUAUGUAUCUGCGGUUCCAUGAGACGGAUCCAUAAAGUCUCUUAAUUAGGAGGUUUCAGAACUACUUUUUUCCACAUUCCCGGAGAUUUUCAGUCCAGUGGAAACUCUUUGAGUAACUAGUGCCUCUGCACCAUGGAUGUAUUAUAUUGAGCUGCACAAAAACACAAUGAUUCUUAGUUUCAGGUGAUUAUACACUAAUGAAAACAUAAUAAUGAAUAUUAUAUUACAUGUCCCCCCUAAAUUCGACACACUUCUCCUUUAAGUCGAGGAAAAUAACCCCUGAUGAUGUCAUCAGGGUUAUCUCAGUUUAGGCUUUAGAGUUCAGAUUUUUAACAGAAAGCAUAUGUUACAAACUGGGGGUGUAAAGUUUGAAACAAACGUUUAGCAGGGCCACGUUCAGCCCACACAAAACGUAGCAACACGUUUAAAAAAAAAAAACUUAAACAGGGGUGCGUUGAACACCCUGUUGUGUGUGCAAGCGCUCUGCCUUUUUAUUACGAGUUUACAUUCAAGUCUAUAUUACAAGUUCUGCACCAUGGACGUAUUAUAUUGAGCUGCACCUCUGACUGACUCCCUAUGUAUGCACAGCACUUUAAUGUGGCGUGAAUGGCCGCAUUGCCCCCUAGGGGACAUCUGAGGUAAUGUGGCUCAAGGUUGCAUGAAGUCCUCCGAUGUAAUGUGUAAUGUAAUUAACAACCUCAGGUUAUCCAGUGAGAAAUAAAGAGAGUGAGAGAUAAAUGGGAGUGUUGCCAACAUGCCUAAAAUGAUUAAGGAAUAUAAAUUAUGAUCCUGGUGACCAAAUAUAAGUGAAGUGCACUUUCAAACUAAAUUGCCAGGUUGCACGUGUUGUCUUAAAACUGAGGUCUUGCAGAAAAUCUACACAAAAAUCAGAAGUGACUUUACAAUUGAAAAGCCAUAUCUUACACACAAAAUAACAUUCACUUAUUCAAAUUUACCAAGUUACCCCAAAUUAUAUACAGAAAAUAUUAAUGCAGCCUGUUAAUGUGCAGUUACACAUGUUAUUGAACUUUUAUCAUUAUGGUCUGAUGCUGGUAUAUAAAACUAGAAUAAGGUUAUGCUGUUUUCAAUGACAAAUGUUUAUUCCACCAAAGCACACAGAGAAGAGACCUCACUACACUAAACACUUUAAUAUGAGCAAAUUGUAAAGGUGAAACACACUAUUAUUGUUAAAUGUGUUGUAAAAUACAUAUUUAUAAAGAUUGUAUUUGUUUCUGCACAAGGUGGUUGUUCAAAUGCUUUACGUGGAGACUGAGAAGAGGCAAAACAGAGUUUCCAAGUUGAGAUUGUUGUUACUUGUAUUAACUGGAGUAUCCUGCAAAUGUGCUGGAACUUAGCUGUUGUAUCACAGUUUGUACGUAGUGUGUUCUGAGUUACUUUGCUGUUAAGUGCCACCAGUGAUGUAAGUAAGGUUUAUUUAUAUAGCACCUUUCAGAUACAAAAUCACAACCUGCUUAACAUUAAAAACAACUACACUAUAAAUGUAUGUAAAUGUAAAUGUAUGCCAUUGAAAUGUAGACUGUAAGAAUGUAUUGAUAUUAGGAUUUCCUGUUUGAUAAUAAAACAGAAACCACAAUA